CCGAAAGCGCGGAAGGCCCCCGACGGCGUCCCAGGAGCCGGGCUGGCGCCUCAGCGGCCGGGAGGGAGGCCCCCAGGAUGGCGAUGCUGGCGGAGCCCCGUAGAAGGCAGAAGUGGUCUGUGGAUGCACGAAACAGUGCUUGGAGUAAAGAUGAAUCUAAAUUUGGCCAGAAGAUGCUGGAAAAGAUGGGCUGGUCCAAAGGAAAGGGUCUUGGGGCUCAGGAACAAGGGAAUACAGAACAUAUCAAGGUUCACGUGAAAAACAACAUGCUGGGGUUAGGAGCAACCAUCAAUCACGAGGACAGCUGGAUUGCUCAUCAGGAUGACUUCAACCAGAACUGAAUGAUUGCCAUGGACAGGGUGAAACAG